AUGGCGAGUUGCUCCUUCGCUCGCGACCCAGCGACAAGGAGACUGAGAACUGCAGCAGCGGCUACGGCGGCAGCUCUAGCUGCGGUAGCGACCACCCCACUUCUUUCCUCGGGAACCCCAACCGCACUCAUUGGGACCGGGUCGUCUUGUCCGGGAGGCAUGUGGCUCUCCACAGCCACUGGCUCCCGGUCACAUUCCGAGUCCGAUGAGGAGGACCUUCCCGUCGGUGACGACGUCUGCAAACGCGGCUACCUGCGGAAGCAGAAGCAUGGGCACAGGCGCUACUUCGUGCUCAAACUCGAGACCGCCGAUGCCCCAGCUCGGCUGGAAUACUACGAAAAUGCCAAGAAGUUCCGGCACAGUGUCCGUGCCGCGGCGGCUGCAGCAGCGGCGGCCGCCUCAGGCGCCGCGGUCCCCGCGCUCAUCCCACCUCGGCGCGUGAUCACCCUGUACCAGUGCUUCUCUGUGAGCCAGCGAGCCGACGCAAGGUAUCGACACCUCAUCGCUCUUUUCACCCAGGACGAGUACUUCGCUAUGGUGGCCGAGAACGAGUCGGAGCAAGAGAGCUGGUACUUGCUGCUCAGCCGCCUCAUCCUCGAGAGCAAACGCCGCCGCUACGGUAAGCCCGGCGCGCAGCCAGAUGGAGAGCCGGCCACCCUUGCGGCCGCAGCGGUGGUGGAGCCACCCUUCUACAAAGAUGUGUGGCAAGUAAUAGUCAAACCCAGGGGGCUAGGGCAUAGAAAAGAGCUGAGCGGCGUGUUCCGACUCUGUCUUACCGACGAGGAGGUUGUAUUUGUGAGGCUGAAUACCGAAGUGGCCAGCGUGGUUGUCCAGCUCCUGAGCAUCCGUCGCUGCGGGCACUCCGAACAGUAUUUCUUCUUAGAAGUAGGCAGGUCCACCGUCAUCGGUCCAGGGGAGCUCUGGAUGCAGGUCGAUGACUGUGUAGUGGCUCAAAACAUGCAUGAGCUCUUUUUGGAGAAGAUGAGAGCUUUGUGUGCAGACGAAUACAGAGCCCGCUGCCGCAGCUACAGCGUCAGCAUCGGCGCCCACCUGUUAACCCUGCUGUCCACUAGGAGGCAUCUGGACAUGAUGCCGCUCGAGCCCGGCGGCUGGCUCAGAAGGUCCCGCUUUGAGCAGUUUUGCCACCUCAGGGCAAUAAGUGACCGGGAAAACGAGAUGCUCCUCACCAGGCGCGACAUAACACCCCGCGAGCCUGUGCCGCACUCCAGGCGAAGAAGACUGCACCUGCCCAGAGCGCGUAGGUCCAGAAGAGCGAUUUCAGUGCCAGACAGCUUUUUUCGGCGCCUAUCACCCAGCCUGGUGCUUGCCCCGCAGACUGCAGAAGUCCCCAGCGACAGAGCUUGCUUAUUUUCUGAAGCAUCUAGUUCUGGUUCUGGCAGCUCUGUGGAAGAAGGAAAUCCUCAAGGCCAAGAGGGUCAGGAAGGAAACGCAGGCGACUAUAUGCCCAUGAACAGCUGGGGCUCCGGAAAUGGCCAGGGCUCAGGAGGUGACCAGGGAUCAAGUGGCCAAAGCUCAGGAGGAAACCAGUGCUUAGGCAGGGGGCAGAGCUCUGGAGAUGGCCAGGACUCAAGUGGUGGCCAGGUUUCAGGUGGCAAAGGCUCAGGGGGCCAGGGUGCAGGAGGAAACCAGUGCUCAGGAGAUGGCCAGGGCCCCCCAGGUGGGCACAGUUCAGGCAGUGGCCAGGGAGCCAGUGGUGGGCACGGCUCAGGUAGUGGCCAGGGUGCAGGACAUAGCCAUGGCUCAGGUGUUGGCAUGAACCCUGGAGGGGACAAAAGCUCAGGAAGUGGGAAAGGCUCCGAUGGCAAUGGUGAACAUAAAAAAUCUCUGAAGAAAAAAUCUUAUUUUGGCAAAAUAAUUCAAAGCAAGCAACAGCAAAUGCCACCACCUCCACCACCUCCACCUCCAUCUCCAUCCCCGCCAGCUGGAGCAACUGGUGGAAAAGGGAAAUCUGGGGGAAGAUUCCGACUUUAUUUUUGUGCUGACAGAGCAGCCACAAAAGAACGCAAAGUAGCCAAAGAAGUCAAAGAUGCAGAGACCCCAGAAGGUCCAGUUUGUGGUCCCCAGAGAGCCAGAGCUUUUUUUGAAGAUGAGGAGGACCCAUAUGUGCCAAUGAAGGCAGGGGUGGCUGCCCCUCUGGAAAGCUUUAGUGAUUAUAUGCCAAUGGCUCCUCAAAAUGUUUCUGCUUCCAAAAAGUGCCAGUCUCGAUCCUCUUUGGAAGAUUCGAAAGGGUACAUGCUGAUGUUUCCCAGAGUGAGCCCACCACCUGCCUUAAGUCCUCCAAAAGCACCUGAUUCUGAUAAAGAGGAUGACUCUAAGGACAAUGAGAGUGACAGUGAUUACAUGUUUAUGGCUCCUGGGGCCGGUGCAAUUCCAAAAAACCCCGGAAAUCCUCAGGGGGACUUUUCCUCCAAAAGUUGGAGCUCCUACUUCUCUCUGCCAAAUCCUUUUCGGAGCUCCCCGUUGGAACAGAGUAACCACAGUGAGUAUGUGCCAAUGUUAUCUGGAAAACUUCUGGGGAAGGGCCUAGAAAAAGAAGCACCUACCAGGGGCCCCAAAUACGCAGCCUCAGAUCCUUCGGUUGAGAGCUUUGAAGCUUCCCUCCAGUCAUACUCAAAGCCUGGAGAUGGGGGACCACCCUCAAAGCCUUCAGAGGAUGGGUCCCCCAAGGACAAGGCUAAGAGACCUCACAGACUUUCUUUUAUUACAAAAGGAAAUAAAAUCCAGCCAAGACCAGAAAAGUCCACACGAGAGCAGAGAGAGCCUGACAGCUCUAGUGACUAUGUCAACAUUGACUUUACUAAAAGAAGCAGUAAUAUGCCAGUCCCCUUUACUCAAGGACUGCCACAGUCGUGGGGCAUAAUUGCUAAUCCCAGACAGUCAGCCUUUUCUCAGUACGUGAAUCUUGAGUUCAGAGUGCCAUUUCGAAAUCCUGCAAACGUCCUCUCAAAUCUUUUAAGAGCUAUUCCCGGUGCCAACCGCUUCUCUCAGGGCCGUGCUAGGUGGCCACUUCUGCCUCUUUUUACCAGUGCUACAGGUGGCAAUGCUAAUGAGGAAGGGUGUGAGUACAUUGAAGUUAUGUUCAACCAAGCAAUGACACCAGCCUUGCCUUUUGCUGAGCGUGUCAUUCGCUAUGAUGCCGAAACAGGUCGAAUCUAUGUGGUCGACCCAUUUUCGGAGUGCUGUAUGGACAUUUCUCUCUUCCCCAGCCGCUGCUCCGAACAGGAAGAAGAACUAGAGAGAAGACACCCACAAAGCCGUUUGCAAAGUUUCUUUGCAUCCGCCAGAACCGCUGUCUCGGCUUUACCAACCGACAGCCUGGAGAGAGAUCUCUACGCUUCCUUAGCCUCGGCCGCCGCUGUGGUCGUUGCUCCAACCUUAGCUGUGGACCGGGCUUUAGCCGCUGCCUCUGCCCUCGCCGCAGCCCCGGGCAUGGGCGCAGCCGCCGCGGGCUUCGAGGCCGCCGCUGGAUUUAACUCUGCCUCUGUCCGCUGGUUCCAACCGAUUGCUAAUGCUGCUAGUGCCGAAGCAGUAAGGGGUGCCCAGGUUGUUGCCAGUGACUCGAACCCUAAAGGCUCAAACCCAGCUGCAGAUCUUGCUGGAGGUGAGAACGAGGCUGGCGGCGCUAGCGCUGCAGCUGCCGCUCCCACACCACCUCCUCGCCGCCGCCUGCCAAGACCCCCCGAGCGAGAAGAUUCUGAAGACAACAAUACUUAUGUGAAAAUGGACUUUGCCAGACCUGACGACAAGCAGUUCGACGCUUCCCAAAGAGGUUAG